CUUUGAUAAAUCAAGUUUAAUUAUUAAGAUAUAAUAAAUAGAAUUAAAAAGUAGAAGGUUAGAAAAAAUGUUUAAAGUAUUUAAGUCACAAAAUAAUUUCAAUAGCUUAAGCAGCUCACUUAUGAGCUUAUUUUCUACUUAGAAGUCAUCAAAGUUUGAUUUUGUUUAUGGAUUAAAUCCUACUAUGAUCGCUCUCCAUUCAAAUAAAAGAAAUAUUGUCGAAGUUAUAAUUAAUCAACAUGUCUAAAGUCAUCUUCCUCCCAAAAUUUCGAAUAUCAUAAAUACAGCUAAUGCAAAAAAAAUACCAGUUAAGUUUGUUGAUAGAGAAAAAUUAGACAGAUUGGUUUAAAAUUAACCACACUAAAACGUAGUUAUUAAAGCUGAACCUUUAAAAUAUUUAAGAACAAAAUCUAGUGAUAUUUUAUAAGGGAAUAUGAUUCUAUUCCUUGAUAGAAUCACAGAUCCUUAGAAUUUUGGUGCUAUAAUAAGAACAUGUUAAUAUCUAGGAGUGGAUAACGUAGUAGUAGAUGAAUUCUCAAGAUGUCCUUUAAAUCCAACAGUUUCUAAGACAAGCUCAGGAGCUUUAGAAGUGAUGGACAUUUAUUGUACCCCAGAUCCAGUUGAGUUUUUAAAAGAUUGCUAACUAAGAGGAUGGAAAGUCUACUCAACCGGUUUAAAUCAUUCUGAAAACUAGAUUUCUCUUGAAAAAUUAAAAGUUAGUUCAAAAGAUAAAAUAGUCCUUGUUAUGGGUAACGAAGGUAAUGGUGUUGAUCCUAAAAUACUUAAAGUCAGUGAUAAAAUUGUUUCUAUUGAUUAAACCCUUUAUUUAAACCGUCCUAUGGUUUUCCCAUACACUUUAAUCGAUUCUUUAAAUGUAAACUCUGCUACAUCUAUUUUAAUUUAAAACAUCAAACUUAAAAUGAUAGCAUCUGAAAAAAUGAUAUGAUAGAAUUAUUUAUAUUUGCAUUUAUAUAACUAAGGAUUAA